GUUGUUUUUGUAUGAAUUUUCCGUCUAGUUGGUUGUUAGGGUUAAGGUGUAGCGUGGGAUGUUUACGUUUUUUGUUUUUUACACUGAUUAUUUCUACACCAUAUCACUUUUGGGAAUAUCGAGUUAAAUGUCCAAACCCAAUACUGAAGAAAAACCUGAAAGACCAACAUUCUCUUAAGAUUGGGUCAAUCUGUGUUACGGUUGAGAGUUUACAAAGAGAAUGGGGAAGUACUACAGAGGCCUCACCACGCCAGUAGCUUUAAAGAAAUUACAUGAUGAUAUGAAAAAUGAAUUGGAGAGAUGGAAGCAUCAAUGUACAAGUAAACAAGGAGUAAGAAAGUGGUUGAUUGAUGCUUAUCACCAUACUUCUGCUUAUUCAACAUUUCGUUGGCCUAGUGCUGCACUUCUUGCUUUUGGGGCUAUAAUAUUUUUGGUCUGUUAUGGACUAAGUGGCACAACAAGGUCUUUUACACUGGUAAUUGAGAGCUUCUUCCUUCUCUUACUUCUUGUAACGAACACAUAUCUUGUUGGAUGGGAUGCAAUGCUGAGACAGCGAGAAAUGCUGACCAAAGGAGAAACUUUGCUGGCUGCUAUAAGAGAAUGUAUGGAGAAACAGAAGUGGACAGCAAAGAACUAUCCUCACCUUCAUAUGCCCCAGUCUCCUUGUAUUUCUCUUCAGUGGACACAUCGUGAUGGUCAACUAGUCAACUUACCAUGUUGUCUACUGGUGGCUGGAGACGUCGUUACCCUGAGACCUGGUCACCAUGCUCCUGCCCAUUGUUGCUGUGUAGAGGAGGAAUUAGAGACAGUUGAGUUAUCAGCAGGAGAAAUUUAUGCUCCAGCUACCCAGGACAAUCCUGAAGUUUUGACCACUGCCCGUCUUCGAGCUCCAUUACCCCCAGCAAAAUUUCAGGUUCUAGAAACACCAUAUGCUGCAAUAUUGAGGGGAGCCUUAGAAGAGUCGCUUGAUCGGCCAGUAUCUUUCUUCAACAAGGAACGGCAUGGUGUGGUAUUAUGGUACCUAGAAGCUGUGAUAAUUCCAUGUGUCCUUCUUUUGACAGUUGUGGUAAAAGUCUUGUCUUGUGUCUACUUGGAACGUGACAUGAUUCGAUGGCCAGAAAUAAUUUUGCUACACCCUGUUGUAGCAAUUCUUCCACUCCUACCAGUUACUCUACCUGUAUGCUGGCUUCUCCUGAACUGUAGUGGCACAUCCAGGUUGUUUACCAUGGUUCAGUUGUCUAAAUCACUUCAGCCUAAGCCUAAAGAACUGGAUCCCUUUGAAGAGACAGAAGACGUUCCCCCACCCAUGAGUAACCAUUCUCCACACUGGAGUGAGCUGUUGAGUAAUGGAGUGGACCUCUUACUGGGCAGGAAAGGUCACUUAUGGCGUUCAGCCAACCUGCUGCAGGUGUUAGGAAGCAUCACGGCACUUUGUUGUAUAGACAAGAAAGGAAUUCUUUCUUGGCCUAACCCCACAGCAGAGAAAGUUUUCUUCUUGAAAUCCUUCCACCCACAAAAAGAUAUGGAAGACAAGACCUAUUUUUCUAGUACCUCUAUUGAUGGUGAAGUUCUUGGUGGUGUUGUAGAGCCUCCUGGUGAUGAGAAUGUAGCCUCCACCCCAGAGUACCGUCAUUUAUCUGAAUCAAGUAUGGAGCAGGAACUAAAAGAACAACACAUGUAUCAUCCUGGAAACACUGUUGAAGUUCUUGAUCUCACCCAUAAUGCUAAUAGUGCUUUUGGCCUUGAAUUUGAUGACCCAAAGUGGAAAAUUUACAUAACAAAUCUGAAACCUUUGGGUUUAGGAAUCCUGUUGAAUACUUGUAAUCCUGAUGCUCAGGAACAUUAUUCCCAUUUUUGUGAUCACAUUGCCUGUGAAUCUCUCAACAAUUCGGCAGCUGUGCCAGUUGUCAACAAAAGGCUACCAUUUAGUGAUUAUUGUAGGUGUCUCUGUGAACUAGCCAGUCAGAUAGGAUUCACUGAAGGAGCUACUAAUGUUUAUCAACUGCAGCAGCAACUUGCAGUCUUCAGACAUGUGAGGCCAGAAGUUAUACAGAAAGGAAGAUUAGCAAGAUCUUUGAACUUUCCUCGGCUCAAAAUGCCAUUUCCGAACAUGGCUUGUGCUGUCGUGAGGGACCUUCAUUCAGGUUCCUACCAGCUGUUUUCACAGGGAACGGCUGAUCUGCUGCUGGAUGCAUGUUCUGAAUACUGGGAUGGUAGAGAUCUUUGUAUCCUUAUGGAAUCAGACAGGAAACGUAUUCUAGAUUUUUACCAGCGGUCAAGCCUGACUGCAUACUGUAUGGCCUUUGCUUACAGCCCACUCAGUCAAUUAACAAGCAGCAAAUUUGAUGAAGUAUAUGUUGAACUUCCACCAGACAGUAGUCAUCUUUUUCCAUCUGUGAAAAAUCGUAAUACAAUCAGGAUCUGGGACAUACAGUCUGUGGAGGGAGUUGGUAAACCACUAGUCAAUCACUUCCUGAGCACUGAUUCUUUAUUCCUCAAGAGUCAUCAGGAAGAACACUCCUCAAGUGAUGCAGCAACUUGUCUCCAGCAGCUGAGCAAUGAAGUUUUUAUUGGCAUGGUAACCAUGCAGUAUCAAGCUUGUCCUGAUUUUGUGCAACUUAUUGAACAGUUAGACAAAGCGUGCAUCAGGUUUGUCCAUUUCUCUAAAGAAAAUGAACUUCGAAGUCGGGUGUUUUCAGAGAAAAUGGGACUCGAAUCUGGCUGGAAUUGCCAUAUUUCUCUUUUCAGUGAGCGAUGUAGAUCAGAGAGUGGUGACUCUUCCUGUCAACAGAUGGCAUCAGCUUCAACACUUCGUUGCAAAAUUGCAUCGAGAGAAACAGUUGAAGAAAAUGGAAGGGAAUCAAAGAUAUCAAAACCAGCUCAUCGGUGUGCAAGUGCUCCAAGCCUUGUAAAUCUGGAGCUGUCAACAGUCAAGUUUCAGGAAGAGAACAGCAUGUACUCUGAUUGGCAAGGCUCAGUCUCAGGAUCACUUGAUUACAGAUUACAUCGACUAAGUAACCAUCUACAGAAUGAAAAAGAUGAAGAGGAUGAGGAAGAAGAGUGUACUGAAACAGAUCCUUUAAACAGGCCUAAAACUGAAGUUGACAUAUUCCUACAUGAAACUGAAGAUGAAGACUUGGGAAUUAGUGGAGUUGACUUGUCACCACAACAUAGUCACAUGACUGAAAGCACUGAGCAAAGUGCCCCAUUAACCUUUGACAUGUCAAAUAGAGCUAAACUCCCAAAAGGGAUUGAGAACAUUCGACCACACAUCGAGCGUGUGGACAAUGUUCCAUUGUUAGUAUCUCUCUUCACUGACUGCACAGCAGAAGCUACACGAGAGAUGAUAAAGAUAAUGCAGGAAUAUGGAGAGGUAGUUUGCUGUAUUGGAAGUUCUGCUAGUGUUCACAACAUGCCUGUCUUCCUGCAGGCUGAUGUCAGUAUUGGAAUUGAGCCUCUGUAUCCCCAGUUGUGCAUGAGGCAAACUCGCUUUGAAAAGCAACAGAAUACAAAUUGGAUAAGUCCCACUGGCCUUAGUCACCACCUGAACACACUCCCUUGCACCAUCACCUACUCUCGAGAGGAUCCUGUCAGUUUAUUCCAUGUUAUAAUGGAGGCUCGACAUUUUAUGGCAGAGAUGAGGAACAGUUUUCAGUUUAUGUUGUGCUGCUGUCUCAGCCUGGCACUGACAGAGCUGUUAGGAGCUCUCUUCUUUCUGCCCCUUCCACUUCCUCCUGGACACAUCCUCUGGUUACAGUGUCUGAUCAUUCCUUUGUUAAGUUUCUCAUUGUUGGGUCUACCUGUAGAUCCCCAUGUUAUGACCAUAGCCACUGGAAAAAACCUCAAAGUUGUUAGCAAACAGGGGUAUCUAAAUGUUUACCAAAGAAAGAAUUUGGGAUCUGACAGUGUCUUAUGGCAGUCUUAUCUAAUCCUUAGUCAGAAUAUUCUGACAUUCUUGUUGGUGUUUUAUUUUGUUGUGAUCUCCAUUGGCUUUGUCCACCGUUCUCACCUUCUUCAUGAACGAAACCCUUUUUUAAACAAGUGUUGGAUAUCAGUUUCAAUCCUAGUACUUUUACUACAAUUUAUAUUUUGUAUCCUUAACGUGGCACUGAAUACUCAUGAAGAUGUAAAGCCCCAACAGGUGGCACUACUUGUUCCUUCAUAUGGCUGGAUUGUUGGGUUGGUUUGGCCAUUAGUUUUAUUACCAGUGAAUGAAAUAGUUAAAAGACAUGAAAUCAAGGUGAAUGUUAGACAGCAAAAACGAGCUAGGUUGGAAUUUGGGACCAAAUUAGGCAUGAACUCUCCCUUCUGAAGA